AUGGCCGACAAAGUUAAGGAGCAAAACGACUAUAACCGUCUCAAAGCAAAGUAUAUUGGCCUCGGCAAUGCAGACACUUCCAGAACCGAAUUCUUAACAAAUGUCCAUCGAGAUACGUUGGCAUCGCUAAGUCAUCACCAGCAUUUAGUGCUCUACAAUUCUGUAAUACUAAAUGAAAAUCCCGAAUUAUAUAGACAAUCGUUAAUUAAGAAAAUGGUUCUGCCUAUACAAAAGAAGCCAAUACUGAAGGGUUAA